AUGGCAACGCGCUCCCCAACCGCAACCUUAGUGCUGUUGCCGCUGUUACUAUCCGCCUCCGCGUCCUUCUCGACGUUCGUGUCCGCCACAAAAGCCGGCGACGGGGCUGCACUGCUGGCGUUCAAGGCCACCGCCGCGAUCAGCGGAGCCCGCGGGCACGGCGACCAGCUUGCUUCCUGGAACAGCAGCAGCGUUGGUGGCUUCUGUAGCUGGCAGGGGGUGAAAACCAGCUUGAGGGCACCAUACCACAUGAAAUCGGCAAGCAUUGGAGGCCUACGCAUCCUUUAUCUCCACGCCAACAGCCUCUCAGGAGGCAAUAGCAUUUCGGGGUUUAUUCCAUCCAACAUAGGUAAUCUGGUUGGUCUGGAAAUUCCUGUGGUGACGAAUACUCCCAUAUCCGGAGUGAUUCUAGAGAGCAUUAGUCAGUUACAGAACAUGAGUGAAGUACCAAAAGGGUGUGUUUUUGGAAAUGAAAUGAACCUGUCCAUUGAUGGGAACGAUAAGCUUUGUGGCGGAACACCUCAGCUUCAUUUACCUCCAUGCUACAUGUUUGCUUCAGAAAAGAAGAAAAGGCAUUUGUCAAAAUCCCUUACAAUUACCCUAAUAUCAUUCAGUGCACUUGUAUUCUCAGUUUCAGUAGUUUCUCUUAUUCAGUUGAUCAAUAAGAAGCUCAGAGAAAGGCAAAAAAGCCAAAUCAUAUUCACAACCGAUGAACAGUAUGAAAGAGUUUGUUACCAUGCAUUGUCAAAUGGGACUAAUGGAUUUUCCAAGGCCAAUUUGGUUGGACAAGGAAGCUAUGGCAUGGUUUAUAAAUGUACUUUACGUGAUCAGGGCACUACAGUAGCUGUAAAGCUGUUUAACACAAAACAGUCUAGGACUGCUAGAAGUUUUGUGGCUGAAUGUGAGGCACUGCAAAGGGUGCGUCACCGUUGUCUUAUAAAGAUCAUCACUUUCUGCUCAAGCAUCACUCACCAGGGCGAAGAGUUCAAGGCACUAGUUUUUGAGUUCAUGCCAAAUGGUAACCUGAAGGGUUGGCUUCACCCAGAAUCUGGCACACUUGCUCAGAAAAAUACUCUUAGCCUUGAACAAAGGCUACACAUUGCUGUCAAUAUCUUGGAUGCUUUGGACUAUCUUCACAAUCACUGCCAGCCAUCAAUCAUUCAUUGUGAUCUCAAGCCAAGCAACAUCCUUCUUGCAGAAGACAUGAGUGCCCGAGUUGGAGACUUUGGCAUAUCAAGAAUACUUCCACAAAGUGCUAAUAGAACCCAACAAAAUUCAACUAGCGCAACUGGAAUAAGAGGCACCAUUGGUUAUAUUGCUCCAGAGUAUGGUGAAGGUUCUUUUGUCUCAACACAAGGUGAUGUUUAUAGCCUCGGUAUAUUACUGCUUGAGAUGUUCACCGGACGGAGCCCAACAGAUCAGAUGUUCAGUGAUUCAUUGGAUUUGCACAAAUUUUCAGAGAAUGCUCUUCCAGAGAGAAUAUGGGAGAUUGUUGAUCUGACAAUCUGGAUGCACAUAGAUGCUAACAACAGAACUACAAGAAGCAGAAUUCAGAAUUGCUUGGUUUCUGUUGUUGCUCUUGGAAUAUCCUGCUCCAAGAAGCAACCUAGAGAACGGAUCCCAAUACAGGAUGCAGCUAUUGAAAUGCAUGCUAUUAGAGGUGAUCACUUACCUGAAAUAACUGAAGAUGUAUAUGAAGCUUCAGUUCUAGAAUUCUUCAUAACACAUGUUCAAAGACUCAUUGGACUUUCAAAAGUUCGCCGAGGCCGCUCUCCCCAACGGAGCCUUGGAGCUAUCCAACCCAGCAAUCUGGCUGCAUCAAGAAGCGAAGGAAUCAUAUGUGCAGGUGCAUUAUGGACUAUUUGGAAGACCAGGAAUGACGUAGUGUUCAACAAGAAAGUGAUGUCAUCCCCGACGGCGAUCAUACGCAAGACUCUGAUGCUAAUCAAGACCUGGCGCCCUCUGGUGAAAGCCAAGCUUAGCCCCAUGGUGGACGAGAUGAUAAAUGUGAUGGCGACGAGCGCAUACUGA